UGCAUUCAAUUAUGUAACUAAAGAUAUUAUGGUCAGAGUGUGUCGGCUUUCGAUAUAACCUCUUAGAGCUAACUAUUUAAACUUGAUCUUUGUAUAACCUAUAAUUAUGUACUUUUGAUAGGAUGUUAGCUAGAUUAGUCAUGUGGACUAGGCGUGGUUUCGACUUGCUAGCUGAUUGUGAGGUGGCUGUUGUUGGGCAGAAGAAGCGCCGCUGCAUGCUCUCGAGUCCGUCUGGCUAACUUCUUAGUUUUAAUUAUUUUAGAUAUGGAUAACCACAAGCCCAGGAGCAGCAACCAGACUUCCCCUUCCCAUAAACUGUCAAAUGGCUACAUUCUACCUGAGGGCAAACUGACUCCCAACGCCCUUUUUGUUGGUGGAAUUGACAUGAAGGUGGAUGAAAAUGAAAUGCGGGACUUCUUUGCAAGAUAUGGUCCAGUGAAGGAAGUAAAAAUUAUCACGUACCGUGGAGGGAUCUGCAAAGGGUAUGGGUUUGUGUACUUCAAUGAAGAAGUCAACAUUCAGUCAAUCGUUGAGCAACAGAUCAGUUUUAAGGGCCGGAAACUCAAGCUGGGCCCUGCCAUCAUGAAAGAAAGGAGCUCUCGGUCCAUGCCAUCCCGUCUGUUUGGCCCUGCUCCCUGGAUGAACCCCACUCAGUACUUCUACUGUGCCUGCUGCUCACCCAUGGGAGGGGCUAUGGCACCACCUUCACCCAUCCUCAACGGAGGCAACCCCUACAAUCAGCCGUACUCUUACUCCAACUUCGGAGGGGUAAUGAUCCCACAGAUGCCAAUGAACUACGCACAGAACGCCUACGCCUACCAGUACACUCCACCUCACUGGAUGGCGGACCAGAGGACACGGCCUGUCAAUCAGAACUUUGUGGACUGCGGAGUCCAGACUAUGAUGACUGUGCUGUAGUCCACAGCUACCGAGCCCCUUGCCAGUUGUCCUACAGUGGCUACAGUGAGUCAAAAUGCGGACGGGAUGACAUCUUGAUGUUCCAGAACGGCUGGAAGCAACCCAACGUCUCUCACUGUUUCCUGAACGCCCUCCUCGCUCCCCCCCUCUCACUUUUUGAGACCCAUUUUAACACCAGACUGCAGGAGCACUCCACUUUUUCUGUAAUUUGAUCACAAUCACAUUGACCACGACAGGUAGGGACUACUGUGUGGUCAAACCGCUUUUAACCCACACGGAUCACCGGGACAGAAGAGCAGAGCACCCCUCACCGUACCAGCUGAUAUACGGGCUCACAUUCCUUAUUCUUGUUUGUAUACCUUUGUUAGUAAUCCCAAAGAAAAAUUGGAAAAGACUUUUAAGCUCACCUUUUGUGCCUAUUUAUAUUUUAUGUUUAAUUUAUUUUUGGAAUUAUUUUAAAUGUUUGUUUGGUUGGGUUUAAUUUUUUUAGCCUCCGCAAGGGCUCUCUGUACAUAUAAAAGGUAUGUUUAUAUAUAUAUAUAUUGUAACAAUGUCUUGACAGCAAUCUGGUUGUUUCAACAUUGGAGUAGAACGAUACUUCAACUCCAGUUCAGGUUUAAUGCCCCUCUGAUUAAGAAAUUGUAUUAACUUGUGUAAGGAACACUUGGUCAUUCCAUUAAUUUCAAGCACUCACAUUUAUUUUCUGCUCCAUUCUAUUUAAUUGGGUGUCGAUUGAGGCAGGAAAUGAACAGCAAUUUUGUCACAUUGUAGCACCUCAUCAGUAUCACUGAUUUCUUGUCUUGGUGAAAGACCCAAUUUUUUUUGAAGUUGAAUUCCACACACUGAUCAUCUGUGUGUCACGUCUGUAAACCGUCCCAUCCUGUGACUGGUUUUUCUCAAACGGUUUUACACAAGGACAAUCACGGCAUCAUUUCUCUUCCCCAGUACUCGCCAAUCAACUUCUAUUUGGAAA